AUGCCGGUCCCCACUCCAGCGAUGCCAGCUCCUGUGCCCAUGAAGGGUAUCCAUGACAUCCAUGGCCAUGGCCCAUUUGCCCAUCUCUAUGAUUACCAUGGGCUGAGCCAAACAGAACCCUUCCCACCUUACUCUACGAGCCACCCAUCAACUGCCCCAGGUUCACCAAGGUUGUUCCUGACGAGGUCGAAUUCUGGCCAUACGCCACGCAUCCGGCCCCAUGCGACGACCUUGAACAUCCCUGGAAUGACUCGCUCCAGGGCUUCCCCCGAUGGAAGGAUCCCCGACCGUGAUGUCGCCUCCAAGCUUGUCGUCGUUAUGGUGGGCCUACCAGCUCGUGGCAAAUCCUACAUUACGAAGAAGAUACAGCGAUAUCUCGCGUGGCAACAGCACAACACCGAGAUCUUCAAUGUGGGCAAUCGGCGCCGUGUUGCUGCGGGCAUAGCGACCUCGCCGAACCCGCCGGAGCCAACAUCAACGUUGACGCCCCCCAGCGGACCCGAACAAGCCGCUGCCAUUUUGUUGAAUGGCGUUCCCGCGCCACUCCCCGAGCCCACUUCCCUUGACCUGGAUGCGCCGAAUCUGGAGAAGGAGGAAGCGGAUGAAUUGAAGGACCAAUCAGCUACCUUCUUCGAUCCCAAGAAUGAAGCUGCGGCCAAAGUCCGAGAUCAACUGGCUUUGGAUACUCUUGACGAGCUUCUCAACUACCUUCUUCGACAAGGCGGCUCCGUUGGUAUUCUCGACGCAACCAACAGUACCAUUGAGAGGCGCCAGCUGAUUGUCGAUCGUGUCAAGGCGCGAGAGCCAAAGCUCGGCAUUCUCUUUAUUGAGAGUGUCUGCACAGAUAAGGCUCUUCUCGAGGCGAAUAUGCGCCUAAAGCUUUCCGGACCUGACUACAAGGACAAGGAUCCCCGCAAGUCGCUUGAGGACUUCCGAAAACGGAUUGAAGCCUACGAAAGCGCGUAUGAACCACUCGGUGAAUAUGAGGAAAAGGAGGAUUUGCAAUACAUCAGCAUGAUCAAUGUGGGCAGAAAGGUGAUCCACUACCACCUCAGAGGAUUCCUCAGCACCUUGAUUGCUGGGUAUCUCACUACCUUCAACCUCUCGCCUCGGCAGAUCUGGAUCACUAGGCAUGGACAGAGCGAGGAUAAUGUCAAGGGAAAACUCGGCGGUGACUCGCCGCUCACCGAGCGCGGCCGCGCGUUUUCCCGUGCUCUGUACAACUUCAUCACUUACCAGCGCAGGGCUUGGAUUGUUGAACAGCAAGAUAACAUGGCAGCUGCAUCAUUCCCUCCUCAGCCCGGCGACUUGACCCCGCCCUAUCCCGAAUACAAUCGCGAAAUCGAUGAGAAGAACUUUUGCAUUUGGACGUCGAUGCUGCAGCGAAGUGUCGAUACGGCACAGCUCUUCGAGGCAGAUGAUGAUUAUGACGUGAAGAAUUGGGAGAUGCUUAACGAGAUCAAUUCGGGCCAGUUCGAGGGCAAGACGUACGAUGAGAUCGCCCGAGACUACCCCGAGGAGUACCGCAAGCGCAUCACCGACAAGCUCCACUACAUUUACCCCGGCGUUGGCGGCGAGGGCUAUCUUCAGCUUAUUCACCGCAUGCGCGAUCUUGUUCGCGAGAUGGAGCGGAUUUCCGAUCACGUCCUCAUCAUCGGCCAUCGGUCGAUUUGCAGAGUUCUGAUGGCGUAUUUUAUGAACCUCACCCGUCACGAUAUUACUGACCUCGACGUCCCGCUUGGCAUGCUUUACGCCAUUGAGCCGAAACCGUACGGAAUAGCGUUCCAUGCGUACAAGUACAAUGAGCAGAACGGGUGGUUCGACGAAGUCCCCAACUACACGCCACACCGAACGGACCGCUACGAUGGUAAGGAUUAA